CAGCACCAAACCCAUCAUUCUGGGCUUCGAGUAAAAACGAUGAUAAAUCGGCGAGAUUGAUAUAGCUAGCCAGCUUAGAGCGAACUACGAAGCAAGAAUGUGAUGGAGAUGGUGAUCCCAUUUCUACCAGAGGCAACGCUCGACGCGCAUCCCGCGUUCGCGAGGUUGUGGACGUACAUUACGACCGAAAUCUUAGAGGAUGAUGCGUCGAGGAAGAGCGUGAAUGAGGAGAGGGUGGGAAGGUGGCAAGCGCAAGUCAAGGCCAGACGAGACAACUUUGAAUUCGGUGGCGCUGGUCGGUCGAGAAGUGGUGGAGAAGAGGAAGAGCAGGAUCAAUCGCUGCCGGAGCACGAAGAAGCUAUGGACGAUGGGUAUGGAGGUGCGCGUCGUUCUCAAGUCGAUGGACAAGCGCGCGGGCGUCGCAAAGGGAUGAAGGAGAACGACAAGGAGAAGCUGAGGUUAGAAGAAGCGUUGAAUAAGGCGAGGGUCGAGACGAUGCAGUUGGAGAUACUGACGGAUGUCCUUAGGGAGAUAUCGCAGAGCUCGCAGAGCAAGCAGCUGACGCUCGGGUUGAGGGAUGAUCUGCUGGUUAUAUCCGCGUAUAUCGAUGCAAGCCGCAGCAAUUCUCCAGGAAGGUCUGAGGCAGGAUCCGAUGCACGCAAGGGACUGCUCUCCAUAGACGGUCAAGAACUGUUGGAAGACGAUAUUGUUCUGUUCAAGGAGAACAUGUCCACCGUCGCGGAUGUCGUGGGAAAGAGGCUCGUCGAGAUUGAAAGUGGCCUUGCAAAAUUGGCGGGGAUUGCAGCUCUUGACGAGGAGGAGCAGGAGCAGGACGACCAACAAGCCGGCGGUAUACGCUACGAUGAAGGUACUAGUACCCGCGCACCUGAACGAGACAGCAUGAACCGAGCAACACCGGGAGACCGGCCGUCUAAAGAUCUGUCUACCUUAUUCUCGAGUCUAACAGCACAAGUCGAUCAUCUCGCCACCCUGCGACAAACCCUCCCUACACGCCUCACGACCAUGUCUGGCACGCUGACCACGCUUCUCGCGCUCCAACGAGACCUCCUAUCCCAACAACUCCGCACCCUCGAAGCGACCAAACACGGCGUGAUCUCUCGCCAUGCGCAGGCACGAAUGACUUUCUUCGCCACGGUCGCGCGGGCGAUGGAUUUGAAGACCCGGGUACUCCUGCUCGAAGAGAGGUGCAAGAUCGAAACGGGUGAGCACGCGGACGCUAGGAAAGCGUUCGUUGGAGAUAAGAUUGCUGAACUGGACGGGCAGGAGGCACGGUUGGAUCAGCGCAUCAGGGAAUUGCAGGGUGCGCUGGACGAGUACGAGCGUGCCGGCGAAGAUGCAGGGUAUGGGAGAGACGGUGGUGUGGGUGUGCAUGUGAUGACGAAGCUGGGGAGGAAGUAUGGCGCGGUCGAGCGCGAGAUGGAAGAAGUGAGGGCGGAUAUUGCGAGACUUGAAGCGCAGACUCAGAUUGGCAGGGGAAGAUAGCGCCGGCUGCGUAGGACGAGGAUGUCGAGUCUAUAUCAACAGAGUGAGCGGUUGGUGAUGACGGAACGGAUCGACGCGGGUUGUGCAAAAACUCGCGAACAGAAGAUGCAAAGACGAUACCUGGUAGACGAGUUAGAUGUCAGAGAAACCAGCACGAGCAUAAAGCAGGGACACCGAGCGCUUUGACAAG